AGGAUUCACGUCGCGAAUUAAUUGUUCUUUACAAAGUAAAUCUCUGAGCCGGGAAGGCGAAAAAGUAAAAGGAAGGCUUGUAUUUAUUCAAGAACAUUCACGUAACUCGGAAGAUGCAAAGGCACUUUGCAGGCAAUGAGGUAGUUUUUGUUUGUAAUUUCCUCUGUAACGGAGGAAGCAGCGAUUUGAACACAGUAGCGGGUGGGCACCUCAUUGAGGAGGACUGGUAGUGUUAGUGUCUCUGGGAGGAUAAACUAAGAAGUGCCACGGUGAAGAUCUGGUUUGAUUUCAUCUAGCUCUCGUGGGCUUUAGGACCCAGGGGACGGUGAAUUCGAGGUAAAGGGAAGUCCCUAUUUGUUGGCAGUGACAUUUCUAUUUAAAGAGCGUCCUGAGUGAAGAAACCUGGGUUCCAUAAUGACCUGGCUUCGAGAAUCUCUCCAUUAGCCUGGCGGUGCCAAAGGAGCGAGCAGCGAUCAUGGACAGGCUGGAAACCUGCGUUUCUGCAGAAAGUGACAACAUCGAGACAGAAAUCUCCUUCUCUGUGGAGGAUGAAACGUGUGAAGGUGGAGUUUUGGAAACGGAGGAGGAAGAGGAACUUGGAGAAAGCCUAAAAAAUGCCAUUAACGACCAGUCAGUAAAACCUAAAGUGAAUUACAUCAUGUCAAGUUCAUCCUUCUCUAUGCUGACAGUCCAAAGUGAGGACAGUGGAAUUAUCUGGGAGACUGUUUCAAGUAGCCGCUGCUCCACACCAUGGGCAUCAGAAAGUACAGCCUCUGAUGUUUACAGUGUGGAAAGUGCCUCUGUAAAUGCUCCACCAGGAAAAGUAAUAUUCAUAAUGGAUGAACUGCCCGAGUCUCCGUUUGUGAAUGGACGUCACAGCAGUAAAAUGAGUAAAUCUGAAAAACGCCGUCAUGAGAAAACAGAUCUGAAGCCAGGUGAAUUAAAAGAUGCCCUGAAGAAACCAAGAAAUAAUUCAUGUGCUCUGAGAACACAACCAGAAAAAAGUGAACCAAAUGCACCACUCAACACUUCAAUAGACAAAAUGGCAAAAUCAAAACCAUUACAGGACUCUUAUGAAACAGAGACAGAUCUCCAGUUGCUAAUGGAGCACAGCCCAGUAGUAUCAAAAGUAGCAGAAGGGCCCAAUAAAUAUAGAAAUGACGUGUCUGAGGUGCUUUCCUCUGUUCAAGACAGUGUGCAACAACAUGGUCCAGUACACUGUCAGAAGAAAUUUAUUACAGUGGAACAGAAUGAGCAAAACAUUUUGCUGACAAAUCCCAGUUUAAACACUCCAUUUUCAACUGAUGAGCAACAAAUAAGUGCUUCUCCAGUACAACCGAGAAAAGAAGAAGAACUAGAAACUAAUGCAACACACGUUUUGGAGCAAAGAAUUGAUACAUCUUUACCAGAAAACAAAGAAGAUUCGCGAUUGUCUACAACAAUCAGUUUAGAGCUUGUCCCGGUGUCAGAGUUAGGAGAGAGUUGUACAGAUGCAGAGAACUUGCAUUCAGUAAUAAAACAAAUAACUUCUAAUGGGGCAGUUCAAGCACACACUGACAACUUGAAAACAACUGCAGAUGUUGGCUCAGAUCAGUCCUCACCUGAAGGCAAAUGUAUUUGGGACUUUAAAAGUUUAGCAUUUGACAUGGAUCCAACACCUGUUCCAUUAAAGGAUAAUUCUUAUGUGAAUGAAAGUCCAGCUGGAAAAAUGUUUGCAAAAGCAGUGACUUCUUGUUUUCCAGCAAUACAAGAAAUUGUUGUAAACCAAGAUCAAUCUUAUUCAAUGGCAGAUCCCACAGCUCCAAAUUCAAGUAGUUCUGUAAACAGCAGUUCAGAGUUUACCAAUCCAGUGGGAAGUCUACAGCCAGUAACUAGUAAAGAUGAAGAUAAUUCUAUUUUAGCAAUGGAAGAUAAGGGUAUAGAAACCAUCGAUUUCAAUUUGAAAAAUUUAUCUUGCUCUCCACCUGAUAGAACAUUUGUUGAUACAAUAUCACCUUAUUGUCAAGAAAGUCAAGACGCCACUAUAAAUGAAAAUAUGUUCUCUCCGAGGGGGUAUCCUGAACAAUCAGAAGUGAUACAACUGAAUGGUUCCUUACUCCGUACAACUUGCAGAACAGCCAAGGAUAAAUCUCAGUCACAGUUAAUAGAGCUUGAAAAAGUGGUGGAUGAGCUAAACCAUAAAGAAGAUACUGAAAUUCAGAAAGCCAUUUUCAACAUUGUGGCCGAAGGCUCUGAGAUAUUAAACAUUGUUGCUCCAGCACAAGUUUAUUCAGUGGAUCAAGAGGCAUGUCAUGAAAUGCAGGACAACUUGAUCUAUUUGCAAACAAAUCCCAUUGAGCAAAGAAAAAAUGGAUUUUCUGGAAGUUGUUUUAACAGAGAGGUACAUGAGCAGCAAUUGAGAUUAAUGGAUGCAUCAGAGCACUGUGAGCUAGAGCAAACUGAAAAUCUGUCUAAUUCCUGGAGUUCCAAUCCUUUCAGUGGGGGGAAGUGCAAUCCUUUCACUGUGAUACAUUCCAAUCAUUCUCAUAAUGUUGGAUCCAAUCCCACCCAUGAAGUUGAAUCCAAUCCUGGCACAAUUGGAUCCAAUCCUUCCCAUACAAUCAAAUCCAAACCCCUCAACAUAAUCAGGCCUAAUCCUUCCCAUACAUCCAAACCCAAUCCCUCUAACCCUAUUGAAUCUAACCCUUCCCAUACAUUCAAAUCCAAUCCAUCAGACACUAUUGAAUCUAAUCCUUCCCGUGCAUUCAAAUCCAAUCCCUCAGACACAAUUGGGUCAGAUCCCUCCAAUGCUGUUGAAUGUAACACUUCCCAGGGGGUUAGAACCAAUCCCUCCCAUACAGGUGGAUCUAGUCCUUCUACAACUGAGGCAUCUAAUCCUUCCAUCAUAGACUUUAAUCCCAGUUCUGUUGAACAGCCCUCUGCAGUUUGUGCAUCUGUAAGUAAAGUUGGAAAUGGGGAUGAUGAUUAUUUUGAAAAGUAUACUUUGGUGGAUGAACAAGUCCCUGUCGAUCUGGAUGUAACAGAACUGAAAUUUGAGAAAAUAGCACUUCCAGAGGCGGACAACACUCCAGCGUCAAAACUGAAAAGUACUUCAUUUCCUGAAGACGUAGAGGUUUUUGAUUUCGAUGAAUUUGACCUAUCAGGAAAUCCUGGAACAUUUGAUGGCAUGACCAGAAAGUAUGAAACACCAGAACUUUCUGGACAAAUAACCACUUCUGAACCAUGCAAUGAAAGAAAGCAGGAAGAUAUCAAUAAAAAUAUUACAGAUGUACUAAAUCAAAAGGAGGCUGGUUCAUUGUUAUUUAGCACAGAUGAAGGAGUCCUAUCACGUUCCUACAAUUUUCCUAUAUCAACCAAAUUGAUCGAUCUUGCACUUCUUGAAGAACCACCUGCAUUAGCAUUUUACUACAAAGAUCUAUAUGAGGAGGCAAAGGGACGGAAAGGUCAAAACAACGAACAAUCAGAUGAAGAUAGCAGUAAUCCUGAACUUUCAUUCCCUUGUCAGUCAUCUGAUACAGAUGACGGAAAUGGGUUAUACUUUGAAAAGUAUGUUCUGAGGGAUGACAUUCUCGAGUCUUCCAAAGAGCCUCCAGCAGAGGAGUCACCUUAUCGGCUGGAAACAGUGUCACAAAAUGAUGCAAUUGAUUCAGAAGAUAUAUUGUUUUCAGAAAGUGAGCACCACAUUCCUGAAAUAAUAAUUGAUAGUGCAAAAGUUCCUACACAAAAAUCAGACUCUGAAGAAAAAAUGGAGGUACAGGAAAAGGCUGAAGAUAAGUCCGAGACUGGAGAGAAUGCAGGUGAGGAGAGUAGCAUUUUGUCAGAGUUUCAAUCUGUAAAAUAUGUGGAAGUGUCUGGAGAACGAGGUAAGCCAAUUGAGCUAGUGGAAGAGGACAUUAAUGAAUUGAUGAGUGAAGAAGUUCAGGCCAGCCGUGCAGCACCUUUUAAAGAAACAUUAUAUCUAGAAGACAUAGAGAAGCCUGCCUCUAAUGUUGAAGAUCACUUAGAUACAGGACAGCUUGCCAAUGCUGGUGACUCCUUUGAAGAAUAUGGUAAGCCCCCAGGUGAUGCAGGAUUAGAAGAUGUGAGCAAUACUUUGGCAUCUGUCGAAGUCAAAGAUAGCCAGGGAGGUGAGUUCAAUGAAGAAACAUCUGUUUAUCAGCUGAAGGCCAAAAAAUCGGAGCAAGGACAAUCUGCUGAACAGGAAAGAUCUGAAUACAGAAUAGAGGGUGAAUACCAUGCUCCUGAAAUAGGACAAGAAGCUAAAAGUGGAGGAUCAGGAGAGUCAAUAAAAGCCGAUGAUAAAGUGUGUGACCAAAUAAAUAACAAUGAGAUCAUAUUAGAGAUGGAUAAAAUAGCUCCGCAGAUUGUGAUUGAAGAAUAUGGGAAAGUAGAUCAUUCUGUGGAAAUGAAACAAGAAAUUUACGAAGGCGUUCUGAAAGCAACCCCAGUUUUCAUUGAUCAGAAAUUACCUUUAGGAUUAACAAAGGGUUCUGGAGUAAAUGAUGAAAUGGAAUUGAGAGAUAUUGAAACUCAACAGGCUGCUGAAUGCAUGGGAAAGGAAGAGAUUGUUCCAGAAAGUCAAAACCAAGAAAUGACAACAAAUAAAGCAAAUUCUCAAAUAGUUAAUGACCAGACUAUACCAGGACCUGAUCUUUUUGAAGGCAUUUUGGAUUCUGCUGAAGAGGUACAGGAGGAAGGAUGCUUUGCUGGGGACAUUGUGCAACCCUUUCAAAGUGAAUGUGGGCUAUCUGAAGCAGCAACACAUGAAACACCUACUGACAUAAUAAUGCAUGAGCAAGAUUCAAGGCUUUGUUCCACUGAUUCUCAAACAGAGUAUAAGCUGGAAAUUGAGCAAGAUUCCCAUAAAACAGUCAGUGAGUCAGAAGAUAAUGAAAAAGAGGCUCCGCAGCUGCACUAUCCACAAGAAAUUGUUCCCAGUCUGGUCGACAAUAUAGAAAUGCAUCUUCACCAAAACUCAGAGAAUUUAUUUGUGAAAGACAUCAGAGAAUCUAGUGAUUUGUCUUUAUUAGAAAAUGUGACAAUAGCAAAACAAGACACUGAAUUUGAAAUCUGUGGCAGAGGUCAGAAUAUUGAAGAUAAAGAAUUUCAUGACCUUACUCAAGAAAAAGUGGAAGAUACACAUGUGAAGGCAGAGAUAGGAGAAGAAGGUUUAGAUGUACUGAUUUCACAGAAACCUGCAAAACUUACUGAUACCUUUUGCGUUACCUGUGGCCUUUCAAUUUUUGCGAUUGAUAAGCUAUUUGGAGAACACCAAGAUCACGAUGUCAUAGCAAUCGAUACAGCUGUCCUAAGAAUAAAGGAAAAGUUGGAUGAUUGUGUGCAAGCAGCAGAAGAAAGGACAAAAAGAACAGAAGAAUUUGUGAUUGAACUCGAAGAUGUUUUCAAUGCUGUUGAGGAAAACUGUACCAAGGAGGAAAAAUUUCUUGAGGAGCAGCAUGAGGAGGUAAUGAAUUUGCUGCUGUCCCAGUACACAGAGUUGUCACAAGUCCUGGAGGAGGAGAAGAAGGUGAAACUAGACCAUUUGUAUGAACAGAUGGCACAUUAUCGACGUAACAUUGAUUCUGCAAAGGAAACUAUUGCGAUGACAAAGAAAUGUUUUCAGCUCGAUGACAUGGCAUUCCUAAAGUCCUUCAGGAUGAUCAAUGACAGUGUGAUUGAUGCCUUGGAGAGUGCAAUUUCCAUGGAUUUAAAACCAAGUUGGUGCUCACCUUUUGAAGAUCUUGCUGUGAAAUCUACAAGACCUGGAUUUGAGUCACUGAAAAAUUUACCUGUUCCUCAGUCUCCAACAAUUGUUCCUCAGGAACCAAACACAGCAACAAGCACAACAAUAACAGUCUACUGGACAGUAGGGGAGGAAGAUGUUAUUGAUUAUUUCCAAGUGUACUGUAUGGAUGAGUCAGACAGCAACAGACAGCAAAGUGGAAGUAUAACUGAAGAAUACAAGAUGGCAGUCAAAGAAAGUUACUGUACAUUGGACAAUUUGGAACCAAACCGAUGCUAUGUAGUCUGGGUGAUGGCUGUGAACUUUGCAGGAUGCAGUUUGCCCAGUGAGAAAGUGACCGUUCGGACUCUUCCAGCAGCACCCGUUAUUAAUACUGAGGAAUGUACUGUGUGCUGGGACACUGCGACUAUCCGCUGGACCUCAGCUGAUCUUGAAGCUGUGGAAUACUUUAUUCUGGAGUUCCACAGACAAAGUGAUGUUAAAAAGUCAACAUUCAGAUCAAUGGCAGGACUCAGAGUGUGUGAGCAUACAGUCACACUUCAGCCACUGGAGAACUUCCUUUUCUUUGUGAAAGCUGUCAACAGUCUUGGAACAAGUGAUACAAGCAAGCCAGCCGUGAUUUCCACUAAAAAUACUCACUUUCGCCUGAACAAGGAAACAUUGCCACCACAUUUGCAGUUGUCUGAAGAUGGAACUGUAAUUCACUUUGAUGAGCUGGGUGUGGAAAGUGAAAACCUCCUGCCUGAGUGCCCUGCUGUUCUUGGAGAACUUUUGCCUGCUCGUGGUCGACAUUAUUGGGAAGCAACAGUGGACCGCUGUGAGGCCUACAGGAUUGGAGUAACAUAUCCUCCCACCACAAGAAACAGUUCACUGGGGAGAAACAGAAAAUCAUGGUUCAUACGAUAUUUUGUGACACCAAAAGGGCAUAGAUAUGAAUUUCUUCAGAAUGGUGCAUCAUAUGAUGUCCUUAUCACAGAUUUCCCAGCAAGAAUCGGUGUUUUUGUGAACUGUGACAUGGGUCAGUUGUCAUUUUUUAAUGCACAGAGUGGACAGUUACUUCACGCCUUCCAGCACCACUUCACUGACUUCAUCUGCCCAGCAUUUGUGGUUGAGAGGCCUGGGUUUCUGACUGUCUGCACUGGAGUUGAAUUGCCUGAGUUUGCAAAAUGCAGUUAAUGCUAUUUAUUUUUCAUGUCAUUAAAGUCUUUGAUGUCCAAGCUUUUGAACAGUAGCUAAUGACCAUUGCAGUGUUUUUUUUCAUAAAGGCGCCCAAACUUUAUCUGGUACAUAAUUGAAGGUAUGCUGGUCCUGUCAGAAUCAGGCUAUUAUAAAUUCAGUAUGAAUGAUUAUUGACAAAGUAGGUUGGCCUCUGUAAUCCAAAUAAGCAAAAGGGGAGCCAUGUUCCAUUUUGCUUACAAGUUAAUUGUUGUCAAUUGUAUAUAAAUCUGCCUUCAUCCAAAAAAGGACGCUGUCAGUUGGAAAUAUUUAUUUAUUUAUCUUAUCUCUAUCCUUUUGAACUGGAGUCUGAUCUGAGUCAACCUGGACUUUACACAUUAUUAAUUAGCUCUGACUUUCUUUCCAGUUUUAAGAAUGAUUUUACUGUAGUUCAAUUCAAUGGAAUCCUUUUUGGAAGAAAAGGCCAUUUUAAUACAAGACAUGCUAGGGAUUCUCUCAGUUAGCAAAAGCUUUGCUCAGGAGCCAUGCAACUGUAACGAUUUAAAAUGUGUUUUAUUUAAUGAUGUAUAAUAUCUUACUGCAUCAUGUUUACUGAGAUAAGAAAUUUGUCUUCAGUUGUUAAUUUGCGUUUCGCAAUUGCUUUUCCAUCGUUAUGCAUAUUUGCUAAAAUAAUAUUGUUGUCUGGAUUGUUUCAGGUAUUCCAAAUUAUUUAACAUUGAUGGACUUACUUGAAAAGUUUUCUUUUCACAUUGCAGCUAUAUUUGUCUCUGUGCUUCACUAACAAAGUGACAUGUUAUACACAAACUUUGGAUAUCAAUCUGUAAACAAUAUUACAUGUUAUAACCUGUUGACCAGUUGCCCUACUGGUCAUCUCUGAUGACACAAUCUUCAUGCACUUGGAAAUAUCAUCAGUGAUAUUGAAAAUGAGAAAAAUAGACUUCAGAGCAAGGAAAGGGUCCUUUUGAGAGGUUCCUAGUGAUGUAAUGAUUAGGACUUGAUGUGACAAACGCACAAUGUGCACAAAAGUGCAGUGCAUUACAAGUGACAAGUUGGCACAAAUGACUUAUCCUUCAGUGGAGUUUUCUGAUCUUCUCCGGACUCUAAAAGUGAAGCCAAUUGUACCUUUGAGAGCUCUAUGGUUAUUUAAUGGUUGGAAUUCAGUUUUCAUCAAGUGGCAUGGGUUCAAUUUCCAGUAAGUUUUUGUUCCUGCAUUCAGAAGAUAUUACACAGAAUCAGAUACAUUGUAGGCAGAGUUCAGCCUCACCUAACGGAAGAAAGGGAGAGGCUGAAUGGGCUGCGGCUUUUUUUCCUGGACCAUCAGAAGCUGAGGUUAUAGAAGUUGACAAAAUCAUGAAGGGCAUGGAUAGCGUGAAUAACUAAGGUCUUUUUCCUGAAGUGGGCGAGUUCAAAGCUAGAGGGCGUAGGUUUAAGGUUUAAAAAGGACCUGAGGAGUAACUUUUUCACACAGAGGGUGGUGCCUACAUGGAAUGAGCUGCCGAGGAAGUGGAGGAGGCUGGUACAAUUAUAACAUUUAAGAUGCACCUGGAUGGGUACCUGAAUAGGAAGGGUUUAAAGGGAUAUGGGCCAAAAGCUGGCAAAUGGGACUAGGUCAGAUUGAGAUGUCUGAAGAGCACGGACAAGUUGAAUUGAAGGGUCUGUUUCCAUACUGUACAGCUAUAUGACUCUAUAAACGACUUCUGUUUCUUUUCUCCUGAAGUAAAUGAGAAAACCUUUCUAAA